AACCAUGAAUUAUCUUUAAUGUGUAAAUCGCGAAUAUCACGGGACACAAUCUCUAAUAAAACUGAAGAGAUUAGAUUUGAACAUUAUCAUCAUAUUUAUAUUUGCGAAAUGCGGAUUUAAGUUUAUUUCAAAUAAACAAUACAAAACAACACACGGAUUGAAUCAUGGCUUCUCUUAUUAAGUUUUCACGAUCCCUUCUACUGGUGGCGUUUUUCCUACCACUAACCCCCGCGCCUAUGACAUAUGGAUAUGAACCCUUCGCAACAAAUCGUCGAACAUCACAUUUUAUUCAUAUGUUUACAACAAGAUUUGGAAGCGAUUUUCAUAAUCGAAGUAUUGCCUAUACACCCGAGGCGACAUCAAAUACUCCCAAUAAGUUAUCUGCCUUAACUUCAAGACUUCAAAACCAGUCAAUAUCGCAGAGAGAACUUAACGUCACAAGAUUGUUAACGACAGCGACCAAUGCUCCCAGUACUAGUCUAACACCUUCAACUUCAAGACCCACCAUGGCGACCCCUCCGGCGAUUCCGUCAGCUGCGACGGCGCCGAUAACCCCAAGUCCCGCCCACGCUCUCAGUACUAGUCUAACACCUUCAACAACAAGACCCACCAUCGUGACCCCGCCGGCGAUUCCGUCGGCUGCGACGGCGCCCAUAACCCCAAGUCCCGCCCAUGGUGGACUUGGCAUGGUCAUCAAUAUUUUGUUUGCCAUAUUAGUAGUUGUGGUGGCAAUACUACUGGUGAUAACCACCCGUUGUUUACUGUCGCUGAAAGGAUCCAUAGAGAAGGCUACGAACUACCGAAAACCCGAGAAGAUACCGCUUUGAAAUAUACCCAUACAAUCAAAGGACUGCAGAUACUUAAUAAUCACGAUUUUAGAUCAAAACUUACAUUUUGAAACCAAUUUAGCACAGAAACUACGAGUGAAUCGUUAACAAAAAUCAACUAUAGAACGUUACAGCUAGUGAAAAUUCGUAAUAAAAGAUUUAAAGAUGAAGAAUCUGUAACACAUCAUAAUACUGCAAAACACGCGAUUUAAAGAAUAUAUAUAUAUAUAUCUUAAUCAUUUUGAUAUAUAAAAAAACUCAUUUAAAAAAUCGUAGAGUAAAAUAACGGAGGGCACGUAACCCUUAUGAAAUAAUAGUCAACGCACUUAAACGGCUUUGUUGUUCAAUACAUAUUCAUUACCUUUCUGAUCUUGAACGUUAAUUCUCAGAUGACAUCGACACAUUGGAACUGGUUUCCCAACAAUAAAGGUUCCUACCUAUGAUUUUUCAUAUGCAUACCUGAUUGUAUAGAAAAUGAAUGUCCUCAGGGCCCGUAUUCACCAACCCGUUCUUAGACUUAAGAAUAAAGAAUAGACUUACAGCUGGAAAAAUAUGUUCAGUGUUUGAAUAUAUACAGGCCUCCAUUGGUGAUUGUGGCAUUCACAAAAUGAUGUACAUAAAAAAUGAUAUCGAAUGAGGUGUUUAAUGCCAAGUUUGAUUAAAAACUCAAGCAAUUCUUCAAUAUAUCAAUUUAAAGAAUAUUCUUUAUUCUUAGACUUAAGUCUAAGAAUUGUUUGGUGAAUAUGGGUCCGGGAUAACAUUUUUGCAUGAACAUGACAAAAAGCAAAUAAAUGUGAAAUUAU